UUGGCUCCUAGUAGCUUCUUUGUUCCUAGGGUCAGCUUUCUCCUUCUGCCCUUAGCAUCAAGCAGCAUUUCGACCGGUCCGAUCGUGCCCGAUAGUGCCACGCUCGCGCCCUGCGGCUUUGCCGAACGGAACUCAUGACGUUGGACUUGACGGAGCAAAAGGUGAAGACCACGGUGGUGGUGAGCGCCUCCCUUCUCUCUGGGCUGGCAUUCUUGAGGUGGCUCCUGAGCCCCAAGAUUGACCGCUUCCGUACGGUCCCUGGCCUUCCGUAUUUUGGGGUCUUGGCACAGCUGGGCUCAGGCCAACAUUCCGGUGAGCAAUUCGACGAGUGGGCAAGGGACUACGGCCAAGAGGGUGUCUUUGAGAUGGUUCUGGCUGGGAGUCGGCUGGUGGGGAUUUGCUCCUGGCCGUUGGUGUCGAAGAUCCUGGAGAUGCGACCCUCCAAAGCCAUCAAGCCAGGCUCGUUGUUGAAUGGUGCUCAUGGCAUGUUGCAAGGCAGCUUCUUCAGUGAGGGCGACCAGUGGAAGCGGGAGCGGCGCCUGCUUUCCCCGGCGUUCAAUGUGAAGAGCAUCGCCAGCUAUGCGCCGGAGGUCACGCGGAUGACGCAGACUUUGCUGCAAACUCUGCAGAAAGAAGCCCUUUCGAACGCCGGUGGACAAGUGAACUUCACGGAGCUCUUGCCCAUGUACACCGCGGACGUGUUGUGUGCCACAGCCUUUGGAAAGGACCUGGGGAUGUUGGAAAGCAAGAAGUCGGGGAUGGUGGUGGACGUGAAGAAGAUGUUGGGUGCCCUGAACACGCGCAUCUUCCUCCAAAUCCCCUACUGGAAGAUUCCUAUCAUCGGCAGGUACUUGGACGGUGGCAACGCCGCCGCGGAUCGUAUCGGUCGGCGCAUGGUGAAGUUGAUGAACGAACAAGCUGGACAAGGAAACACCGUGGUGGAGAAGCUACGACAACUUGAGGGAGACAAGCUGAGCCCAGAGGAGCUCAUCGGCAACCUGACGGUCCUCUUUGGCGCAGGGACGGACACCACUAGCGUGGUUCUUAGCUGGGCCAUGUAUCACUUGGCGCGCGACCAAGAGCUUCAGCGCCUCGUGGCGGAAGAGGUGAAAGACUUGCCAGAGACCGUGGGCCCUAGCGAGCUGGAUGCAUACCUGCACGUGAACGCCCUUUGGAUGGAAACACUUCGUGUCAACGGCCCUGCUCCCUUCGAUUUUCUGGAGCUGCGGGAGGAGGUCAAGCUGCUGGGGAAGGGCGUGCCCAAAGGCACCGAAGUCAUGGUGUGCUAUCGCCAUGUGCUUCACAAUGCGCCGGAAGUGAAGGCAAAGCUCGGAGACGAUCUCCACGUCUUCCGCCCAGCGCGGUGGAUCGGCCCCGAGGGCCUGGUGAAAUGCCCUCCCUUCGACUCUUUGCCUUUUGGUCACGGUGCCCGGAUUUGCCUGGGAAAGAUCCUGGCAGAGUACGAGGGGAAGUUGGUGAUCGCCCAGGUCUUGCGGCACUUCAAGCUCAAGCAAUGGCAGGGGCCACCACUGAGGGAGAUGACCUCCUUCGUGGUCUUACCCGGCAAAGAGGUGAUCAUUGGCCUGGAACCCCGUGCCUGACCGCCAUGGGAUCUUCGACGAGUGAACCUGCUGAAGAGACCGGAUUGUGCGGUGUCCAAUCUCCCAAAGUGGCGAAGGUGAUUGGAUCCUUGGAUCCUUGUUGAUACUCUCUUAACGUUUUAGACUUUUAGACUCAGAGAUUUGGCUGCAAGAUGCACCCAUUCUUCUUUUGUGCUGAGCCCGGAUCGUUGGCUCGGCGAUGUGACUGGAUCGGCCGGAAUUCCCACUCGUGCGGGACGGCUCGUUUGGCACAGAGAUGAGGAGGUGGUUCCAAGGCCGACGGCCCCAAAAAAGGAGCGACGAUGCAUGGGAAGCAC